AACAGUAAACAGAGCGUCCAGUGCUCCAUUCGGUCGUUAUUGUACCGUUCUUCCUUCUCUUCAUUUAUUCAAGUUUUAAAUUGAAAUGUCUUGAUCCUUCUGGAAAAGAAGGAAGAGGCCCCGCAGAAUUUGAAUUAAUGCGGAGAUUGAUUUAGAUUAGCGCUAGGUUUUUGGUUUUUAGUUUUGUAUAUAUUUAUACACAAGACCGUAUGGAUAAAAGGAAUGGAGCAAAGAAGAUUUUAGAAAAAAUUAGGGUUAAGGUUCCUCCGGGAGCAUCGAUGUCUUCUUCAUCAAACCCUAGAAGACAAUGCAAUCGUGUGUCCAGUGGUUGUUCUACUCAAUUAGUGAUUCAAAACCACUUGAAUUUCAAACGCAGCGCUGCUCCGUCGCGAUGCAUGUUCUACCAAGACGGGUCUUGGGUUGAUUUACCGGGGGAAGUUGUUGAAAGGCUGAGAUUUGGAUUCCUGGAGGGCAAGCCGGCGGUUGAUGUUCCGAUCGAAGGGUCUAUGCACCUCUUUGAUUUUCUUCGGAUGCUGCAGAUUGAUCUCGAAACAGGGAGUGAGCGAUCUAUUGCAUGGAUUGAUGUGAAUGGGAAGUGUUUUUUCCCCAAAGUGUUCGUUGGGGGAGAGCGCAAUGCUGUUCCGGAAGAUCUGAAACUUGAGAUUACGAUUAGUGUCGACGGGAAUUUAGGCAAGAGGAAGAGAGAGUUAUUGGAAUCUGAAGAAGAAAAAGAAGAAGGAACCGGUGAAAGUUCUUCCAAUAAUCAAGAACAUGUAUCGAAGAAGCAACAAAUUGUUGCUAGAGAUUCAGGAACACAUAAAUGGGCGAAUGUGACAUUGUUGAGAGAAGGAGAGAAGGUCCAUUCCACUGUUAAACAGUUGUUUCUGAGUGGAAUCAGUAGAAUCGAACCUGAAGCUACAAUUACGGCAAUUCACCAGUGGACGCGCAUGGAUCCUCUAGGAAGAGCUCGUACAGAAAAUUUCCAGAAGCAUAUGAACAUAAUCAAGGCUGCUCGUGGCACGUGUAACACAACACUUGCUUGGCACGGGACAUCGGCAGAAGCUGUGGCUAGCAUUUUGACACAUGGGUUUGGGUUACCUAGCAAGAGUUGUGGCUCUGGAAUUUACGGUGUUGGUGUAUACUUGUCUCCUGUAGGCCUACCCUAUGUCAGUGCUUUGCUAUCAGAUGCAGAUGAUAACGGUGAGAAGCAUGUAGUUUUGUGCCGAGUUGUAUUGGGCAAUGUUGAAAAGGUUGACGUGGGGUCUAAACAAACUUACCCUUCUAAUGUAAAUUUUGAUACUGGUGUGGAUGAUGUCAAUAAUCCUAAAUGGUAUGUGGUUUGGAGCGCCAAUAUGAACAGUUACAUUCUACCUCUGUGUGUUGUCAGCUACAAAUCUUUUAAUCAAAUGGCAGUUUUGUCAGGUCGAUUUAGAGGAUUAAGAUCAAUGGACUGGGUUCCUAUUGCGUGGAAUAUGUUGACUAUCAAAUUUUUUUCCAAGUUGAAGAAUUCACUUCCUCUUCAAGAAGUUACUGAAUUGGAGACUUUGUGCAGAAUAUAUGAGGGCGGUGAGUUGCCAAAAGACCAUUUUGUAAAACAGUUACGUUCAAUUGUUGGAGAUGAAGUACUUUCUUCAACAAUUCGUGAGAUCCGUGCCUCAAAAUGACGUUUUUUGGACUUUUUGUUUCUUUCAAAACAUUUAGGAACACUCUUCUUGUGCUUUGUUGUUUUGGUACAACAACAAUUGAUGUUGCUCCACAAUUAAGUUAUAUGAAGGGCUCACCCUAUAAAACUUUUUUUUUUUUUUGGUGUGGGGGAGGGGGGAAGGGAAGGAAUCCGUGAUACAUGUAGCAAAUAUGCUUCAUGUUCACUUUAGAAAUGUUCUUUUAGCUUUUGAGUAAUGCUUUGUACCCCGAGGGAUAUCUUAGUUAAAGCUUGUGAUUUUCAUAUUGGAGGCUCAGGUGGAGAGGGAUGGGAAAUGGUAUGGGAUGGGAGAUAGGCUACCUCCCGUUGUGUAGCCUAGGCCCAACUUGGGCUUCUAGUGGACCAAAAAAAAAAACCUUUAAGUAGUGCUUUCAAUCCUUAUUUCCUUUGUGAAUUUAUUGGAAUGGGUAAGAUGAAUAUAUGAUUAUUAUGGAA